GGAAAUUACAUAUUACAGGUUGUUUGUUUACUUUUCACAUAAAAAAAAUCCGGCAUGACUAAAUUUUGUUAAAAAACUACAUAAAAAACUCCAAAAAAUGAAAGGAUGAAUAACAUGAAAUUGAAAAAUCAAGUUUUUAAACGGGGAACUUGUAUCUUGACAGAGGAGCCCUUUGUUCACGUCUUAAAAUCCAAAUAUAGAAAGGAACGAUGUGAUUCGUGUUUAAGUUUAGGAAAUUUACGAAAAUGCAGCGGCUGUAACUACGUUUACUACUGUGAUCAUUUCUGCCAGAAAAACGGCUGGGAUAUCCACAAAUAUGAAUGCCCAAACUUGAAAGACCUCCGUGUCAAUGUCCCAGAUGCCGCCCGAGUCAUCGCUCACAUAAUUUUCAAGCUCAAAAACGGCGGCGACAUGCAACGAGGCUACUAUUCGGACAACGGUUAUCGCAAAUUUCGUGAUCUCAUGUCACACUAUCAAGAAAUCAAAAUAGAUGAACGUCGUUUGGAACAUCUCGAAGCAAUUUCCGUCGUACUGAAGACUUUGAUCCAUCCGCUUCUCGUUCCGAACGAAAAUGAGCUCAUGACGAUCUACGGGAGACUUUGCACGAACGGUUUUAACAUUUUAGAUCCGGAAAUGAACACAAUCGGAACAGGAAUUUACUUGGGAGUCUCGAUUGUGGAUCACAGUUGCAAGCCAAAUGCCGUGGCGACCUUCAAUGGGACUCAAUUAAGGCUACAUUUGACGGAGGAACUUCAGAAUUUGCAAUGGCAGCAAGUUAGUAUCUCGUAUAUUGAUUUAGUGAAUACGCGCGAAGAUCGACGGAAGGAAUUGAAGGAGCGAUAUUACUUUUUGUGUACUUGUACGCGAUGCGUGGAUGUGCAGGAAGAGGAAAAAAUGCUGGCAGCAGCUUGUCCGAACGCAAAAUGCGGAAAUGGCAUCACGAAUGUCGCAAAAAUGACGGAAAAUGAAAAAUGUGAAAAGUGCGGAGAGGAAAUUGUGGUGCCAGCGUAUAAGGAAAAGUAUGAGGAAGUAACGGAAUUUACGAAGGAAAAAUUGUUGGAGAUGAAAAAUGUUGCUUAUUUAGACGUCCUUCAACUCCUCCUAAAGCGACAAGAAAACGUGCUUCACGAUUUCAACAUCUGGCACAUCAAAACUCUCGAUGCAGCUUUUGAAAGUGCGAUAAAUAUGGAAAAAUGGGAAGAAGCUUUGGAGUACGGAACGCGACUUUUGCCCGGAUUUCGCAUGUACAAUGGCGAUUUCCAUCCGUUGCUCGGCAUAGCUUUGAUGAAAAUCGGAAAAAUUGAAUUGUUUUUGGAGAAAUCCGUUGUUGCGUUCAAACAUUUGCAGGAAGCAGCGGAAAUUCUGAAAGUCACCCAUGGAGAAAAACACUCGUUGUAUAAAGACCAACUUAUUCCCUUGUUGCAAGAGGCUCACGCAGUCUCGAGUAACUGCUUAAACUAGCCAUUUUUGAUAUUUUUUUUAGUUUUUUCGUUAGAUUUUUAGAAGAAAAUAAAUGAAUUUUGAUAUUUAUUGUUAAAUUUUAGCCCUAAAGUGAUUUUUUUACUUAAGUCUUCAGAAAAAAUAAAAAAAAAUGAAUUUUUGUGAGAAAAUUUAAAAGAGGCUCAUUGCGUGACGUUACUUUUGAGCAUCGUUUGGUUCGGAAUCAACUCCGUUUGCUUAAAUUGAAUCAAAAUUGCUUAAAAAGACAAGAAAUUAUUAAAAAUUUAAAUUUUAGUCUGAAUUCUUACCCAAAUAAGUGAAAAUUGU